UUGUUUGCCAGGGCAUCUGAGGAUGGCUUCAUCCAUGACAUGGUGCUAUACUAUGGCAAGACUACCCUGGAGGCCCAUGAUGUUCCCCUGAAACCUGAACAAGAAGGCUUAGGUGCCACCAGCCAGAUUGUAUCUGUCCUUGCCAGUACCAUGUCCUUCCCCACUACCACAGCCAUCUUUGCUGAUAGCUUUUUCACCAGCCUGGAGCUAGUGCGGUACCUCCAAGACCACAACUGUAGGUACACAGGGACAGCCAGGGACAACAGAAUUGGAAAGCCUCAACUCGGGACAAUCAAGGAGAUGGAGAAAAAGGCUGUCCCUCGUGGUACCUGUUACUACGUCACCAGUGAUGAUGGGAUACUGGCUGUCAGGUGGAAGGACAACAAAACGGUCAUUCUUCUGUCAACCGACAUGGGGGAGGGGCCGAUGUCCACAGUCCUCAAGUACUGCAGUGAGAGUAAGAAGAGGGAGCCUGUGGGCUGUCCAGCUGUCACGAGGAGUUAUAAAGCCAAUCUGGGGGGCAUUGAUAAGAGUCAUCAGGUACUCCCCAUGAAGUCAAAUAGGAGGUACCUGCGACUGUUUGCGUACGUCAUUGAUGUCAGCCUCACAAAUGCCUGGGUGGUGUACAAGCGGGACUGCAAGGCCCUUGGUGUGAAAUGCCAGCCUCUGAAAGAUUUCAAACUCUAG